AUGAAACGGAGCGUCACCCUGUGUGUGUGUUUUCAGCAGGAGAGGAGCUCUUUCAGCCCGUUGCCAAAUUCCACUUCCUCUCCCGGUCAUGUGCCGCCCUCAUCGACCAAUGCCAGAACAGAAGAGGAACCGAGCCGCCUGCCGACACACCUGCGCAUGCAGCCGGUGUUCUGGAGUCGCGAGGACGUCGCUCAGUGGCUCCGGUGGGCCGAGCGAGAGUUUGCACUGAGACCGAUCUCCAGCGGGAGCUUCCAGAUGAACGGGAAAGCCCUGAUGCUGCUCACUAAAGAGGACUUCAGAUACAGAUCUCCACACUCCGGAGACGUUUUGUACGAGCUUCUUCAGCACAUCCUGAAGCAGAGAAAACCUCAGUCGCUCUCGUCGUACUUCCCGACCGGAUCCUUCCACACACACAACGACACGCAACUGAUGCACCACAAACAUGAAGAUACGGUACGCCGGCCGGCCCGCGCCACAGACGCUCAGUCUCUGCAGCCGCCCACCAUCGAGCUCCGUCACCGCGCACGUUCACCGCAUCAUCACCCGUCAACCCUGCGCUCCUCGGCCGAGGACCCCCAGCAGGCGUCCGUGCAGAUGCCCGACAGCAACCACCACCUGCCCGAGGACCUGUACCCGCUGUCCGUGUCUCCGGCGGCCCACAACGGCCACCCGCGCGCCGCCAGCGCUAGCCCAGAGGAGCCGCCGCCGCGCGUCAUCCAGCUCAUGCCGAGCGCCAUCAUGCACCCGCUGCUGCUGAGCCCGGGACGCGGCCCUGCUCCGGCGGACUUCCGGCACAGCCGCGGCGCCAGCCAGGAGAACGGGCGCGAGGUGAAAGGUCAGAGUGCCGUCCACUACGCAGCUCACGGUCUGAGUCUCGCGGCUCACCACCUCCCCCUGCAGGACGAGAGACCUUAUCGCAACCAGAUCAUCAUGCCUGUGUCUCCGCCUGAGGAACAGGCCACGCCCAUGGGCCGCAUCGCAGACUGCAGGCUCCUGUGGGAUUACGUCUAUCAGCUGCUGUCGGACAGCCGCUACGAGAACUACAUCCGCUGGGAGGAUCGCGAGACCAAAGUCUUCCGGAUCAUGGACCCCAACGGCCUGGCCCGCCUCUGGGGGAACCAUAAGAACAGGACCAAUAUGACGUAUGAGAAGAUGUCGCGAGCACUGAGACACUACUAUAAACUCAACAUCAUCCGCAAGGAGCCGGGACAGAGACUGCUGUUCAGGUUCAUGAAGACGCCGGAUGAGAUCAUGAGCGGUCAGUCGGAGCGUCUGGAGCAUCUGGACUCAGACACGGAUGAACAGAUCUAUGUGAAGGAGGAGUGCUGAACUCCUCAAUCCCAUGAUGCCUUGCUGCGUGUGACCUCUGAACUCUGUGUGACAUCACACACACACACACACACACACACUGCUCUUGGCUCGUUCCAGACCUGGUCUUCUCAGUUUUCUAGUCUUGUUCUUCAACUUCAGCUCCACGUGACAAUCACUCUAAUGCCGAGCGAAGCUCCUCUUUCUUAAAUCAGAUCUAGAAGCUUUUUAAUUCUCUUUGGUAAGAAUCUUGUACGAAGACCUGUUGCCAUUCGUAUAAACGUGGGAUUAAUAGAAUGCUGGUGAAAAUGUGAUUCAAUUCUACUCUACAAUAAAUUUUACUGAGUGACACAGGC